AACCAUUAUGAUAUAGCAGGUGAUACAGGCUCAUGAGCAACCACCAGUAGGCAGUAGCUACUUCACAACCAUGUAUAGGAGCUUGCUUCUUGUGUUAGCUUUCUCAAGCAUUGCUGUAUCAGAGUCAAUCAUCAAGACACUGCCAGGGUUUGAAGGAGAUCUUCCCUUCAAACUUGAAACAGGGUAUGUGGGGGUUGGCAAAUCCGAUGACAUCCAGCUAUUCUAUUACUUCAUCGAGUCUGAGAGGAAUCCAAGCUUGGAUCCUCUAAUGCUUUGGCUCACUGGAGGCCCUGGGUGUUCUGCCUUUAGUGGUUUAGUCUAUGAAAUUGGUCCAUUGAUAUUCGACUAUGCAAAUCGCAGUGGAGACAUACCAGCAUUAUUGUCGAAUCCAUACUCCUGGACAAAGGUUGCCAGUAUAAUAUUUUUGGAUUCACCAGUUGGCUCUGGGUUCUCUUAUGCCCAAAGUUCUGAAGGUUACCGCACUAGUGAUUCACUGGCAGCAGCACAUGGUUAUGAUUUUCUAAAGAAGUGGCUCAUUGACCAUCCUGAGUUUCUCAGAAAUCGGUUAUACAUUGCUGGUGAUUCGUAUUCAGGCCUUUUUGUUCCAAUCAUUGCUCAGAAAAUAUCAGAUGGCAACGAAGCUGGACAAGAGCCACACAUGAAUCUCAAUGGAUAUUUGCUAGGGAAUGCCCUAGUAGAUGAAAACAUCGACUUCAAUUCGAGAGUUCCAUUUGCUCACAGAAUGACAUUUUUAUCAGAUAAACUCUAUAAGAAAACUGAGGCAAGCUGCAAUGGUAAGUAUCUGAAAGCAGAUCCAAGCAAUGGACAAUGCACAGAAAAUCUUAAAGUUGUUAAUAAGUGCAUGGAGAAAAUAAAUCUUCCACAUGUAUUGGAACCCAAGUGUGGUAGGCCACUCUCCUGGAAACCAAAUGCCUUAAAAUGGGAAUCAAUCCCUUUGGAGGAGAAUUUCUCGGAUUUCCUCCUUUCACCAAUCCGCCAACUUCCUGAACCAACAUGUCGGCUUUACAAAUUUUUGUUCUCCUACAUUUGGGCUAAUGAUAGAAGGGUUCAAAAAGCUCUUGGCAUUAGAGAGGGGACAAUACCAGAGUGGGUUAGAUGCAAUAAUAGCUUAGCUUACACACAUGAUGUCUUCAGUACAGUGGCUUAUAUUCAGAAGCUCCAUGAGAAAGGCUAUGGAGGUCUGAUUUACAGUGGUGAUCAUGACAUGCUUGUUCCACAUAUGGGCACACAGGAAUGGAUAAAUUCUCUUAACUUGUCGAUUUCCAAAGACUGGGAGCCAUGGUUUGUUGAUGGCCAAGUUGCAGGAUUCAGUAUCGAGUAUUCAAACAGCAAACGUGGUAUGACAUUUGCAACUGUAAAGGGAGGGGGUCACACAGCUCCAGAAUACAAACCUAAGGAAUGUCUUGCUAUGAUCUAUAGAUGGUUGGCUUAUUAUCCGCUCUAGUUCCAUAUUUGUUCUACAAUGGAACUCUAUCCCGUGUCCCCCUAUUAUUAUUUUAAAAAGCAAAUAAUAAUAAUAGUAGUACAACUAGUAUGACAAUGGAAGUUGUUUACGCAAAGAGCACCGAGCUCAUGGUACCUAGUCAUUUCUCUUAUGAUAAUUAUAGUACCAAUAAUAUUAGGAAGGCAUACAGAUAAGCUGUGUUCAAUGGAUCCCCUAAACUCGACAACUUGAAAGGGAAAGCACUUUUUAUGUUUUAAA